AGAUUCAGUUACAGGAGUAGUUUUGCUGGGUGUGGCUAUGUGGGUCGCAGGCCAUAUUGGAUCCGAUCGAUGAGUCGCCAUCAGAGACGAGGCCCAAGUUACGUAAACAUCCGCAUUCCAUUGUCUGGAGGUCGUCGCCCUCCAAGACCAAGGCCAUCGAGAACGUGCCGUGCUCGGGUUGACUUGGCUUUCAUCAUCGAUGGUUCAGGAAGUAUCGAGGCUUAUGGCAGAGGAAACUUCCGACGAUGUCUCAACUUUGUCAAAGCGAUUGUCAGCCGCUUUAACUUCAGAGGCGGACAAACCCGUGUAGGAGUCGUACUGUACUCGUCCAGACCUCGGCUGAUUUUCGACUUUAGACGAUAUCGUUCUAAAGGGCAGAUUCUGAAUGCCAUUAAUCGCAUACGAUACCCCAGGGGUGGUACGAGGACCGGAUAUGCCAUGCGGUAUUGUUAUAGCCGGGUGUUCCGAUAUGCGCGGAGAGGUGUUCGUAAGGUUGCUAUAGUAAUGACUGAUGGAAGAUCACAGGACAAUGUGGUGUCUCCUGCCAAUUCGUUCCGACGAAGAAACAUCAAAUGUUAUGCGGUUGGAAUCGGUCGGAGAUACAACAGAAGACAGCUCUUACAAAUAGCGGCAGGACAUCGAAGUCACGUGAUAACAGCCGGGUUUAGACAGUUGGGCUCUAUAGUGGGAACAAUACAACGACGAGCAUGCAGAGGUACACGCCCUGUGAGACCUGCAGUAAGACCACACGGAAGGAGGUUCAUUCAGGUAUCGAUAGAGAGUCAAGGCUACGUGGAUAAGAAACGUGGCCGAACCUUAUACGGACGCUCACGGGCCUACAUACGAGUCAAUCGAAGGGAUUAUUCUCUACACAGGCGUGGCUUUAAUGGUGUUGUUAUCAACGGACGAACUGGUCGCAUUGAGAAAAGAGUAUCUUAUGACACUCAUUACAACCGUCAUCAAGCUGUCAGGUUCAGGAACUUUAUUAAAAGGAUCCCACGCGGGAGAAUUGUGUGUCUCGCAAUCCAAGAUGAGGCGUGGAGGUUUGGAAGAUUUUACAAGAACGUUCUUAGGAGGAUACAUCUUCAUAUACGCAGAUUCAGUUACAGGAGUAGUUUUGCUGGGUGUGGCUAUGUGGGUCGUAGGCCAUAUUGGAUCCGAUCUAUGAGUCGCCAUCAGAGAAGAGGCCCAAGUUACGUAAACAUCCGCAUUCCACUUUCUGGAGGUGGCAUUCGUCCUCCAAGAAGGAGAGUUAUCAGAAUUACCGCAAACGUAUUAGCAACAAGUAAAGGAUGCUUCAGAGACACCGGUCGACGAGCGGUAACACCGCUGGAAGGUAGAAGUAGUCUUUUGAAAGGAAGUUACCGCAGAAGGCGUUAUGCAAUCCAGAAGUGUGCUUUGGCAGCGAAAAGGCGAGGUUGGGGUGUUUUCGCUGUGCAACAUGGGGGAUGGUGUGCUUCCGCGAAAUAUGCGUAUCGAACAUAUGGUAAAUACGGGAGAUCCAACAGAUGUAGAAAUGGAAAGGGAGGACCUUGGGCCAAUGAUGUCUACUUUCUAAGGGGGUCCUGUCGUAAACGAACAACUCAAAACUUCUGUUGCGUGUUUCCAUUCAUUUACCGCGGCAAACGAUACAACAGUUGUACCAGAAUCAAUUCUCGACGGCCAUGGUGUGCUUUAACCCCUAACUAUGAUGCAGACAAAUUGUUUGGAUAUUGUGGUGGUACAGGACGUCCAAUAAGACUCACACCACCCCUGAGACUCCAGAGAAUUGGUUGUUUUAAGGAUACAUGGCGCAGGGCCAUCCCACAACUAGAUGGUAAAAGUCCUUUGUUAAGAGGAAACUAUCAGCGGAGAAGAAAAGCUAUUGAAAAAUGUGCCUAUGAAGCUGUCAGGCGUGGCUAUCAGUUCAUUGGAAUCCAACAUGGUGGAUGGUGUGCAUCUGGACCAAGGGCUCACAAAACUUUUGCCAAGUAUGGCCGGUCAAACAAAUGUAGGAAUGGCAAAGGUGGACCUUGGGCCAAUGAUGUUUACCGGAUUAUAGGAAAAUGCAGAAAAAGAACUACAUCUGGUUACUGCUGUGUGUUCCCAUUCACAUAUGGUAGACGCCGUUACAACAGAUGCGCAAAAACAAGGAGGGGACGGCCAUGGUGUCCAACUACACCAGAUUAUCCCAGGAGCAAACAAUGGGGAUAUUGUCGUGGUUACCGAGCUCCUCCAACUAGAGUAACCAGUGGAGUUGUGAUUCGAUCCCAAGGUUGUUAUAGAGAUACAGGUCGCCGAGCCAUUCCACAAAUGGAUGGAAAAGGCCUUCUUGUGCGUGGUUACUAUAGACGAAGAAGUGAUGCCAUAGCGAAAUGUGCUCUGGAGGCUGCCAAGCGUGGCUAUAGGGCUUUUGCAGUCCAACAUCAGGGAUGGUGCGCUACAGGCCCAAGAGCUCACGUGACGUAUAGGAAGUAUGGACGAUCUAAUAAAUGUAGGAAUGGCAAAGGUGGUCCAUGGGCAAACGACGUUUACUUUGUUUCUGGUAAAUGUCGAAGAAGGGCCACAAAUCACUACUGCUGUGCAUUCCCGUUCAUCUACAAAGGACGUCGUUAUAACAGUUGCACAAGAAGAAAUAACAAACGGCCAUGGUGUGCUCUGACACCCAACUAUGAUAGAGACAAGAAGUGGGGAAAUUGUAAAUGCCGACGUCGCAAACCCAUCCGACCUGUUGUUCCCCGAGUUAGAGGCCGAGUGAUCCGCAUAUCAGUGGGUUUGGUGGCCAAGGGACUCGGCUGCUUCAGGGACACAGGAAAACGAGCUAUAUCAACUAUGGAGGGCAGAAGUCGUCUCCUCAAAGGACAUUACCGCAGAAGGCAGUACGCCAUUCAGAAAUGCGCUCUGGCGGCAAAGAGGAGAAGUUACUCGGUAUUCGCAAUCCAACAUGGUGGAUGGUGUGCCUCUGCUAGGCACGCUUAUCGAACGUAUGCCAAAUAUGGGAAAUCUAACAGAUGUAGAAAUGGAAAAGGUGGACCUUGGGCCAACGAUGUGUACGUGUUAAGAGGGUCUUGCCGAGUGAGGUCAACUCGAGGUGAAUGCUGCGUGUUCCCGUUCGUUUACAAGGGCCGCAAGUACACCAGCUGUACCACGGUCAAUUCUAGAAACCGUCGUCCGUGGUGUGCCUCAACUCCAAACUAUGACGUCGACAAAAUGUGGGGCUACUGCCGAGGACGAGGAGCACCAAUCAUCAAAGUCACACCAUUGGUAUCACUCCAAAGAGUCGGCUGCUUCAAAGACACAUCUCGCAGAGCCAUCCCUUACCGUGAAGGCAGAAGUAUCCUCCUGAAAGGAAACUACCGAAGACGUCGCUUCGCCAUAAAGAAAUGCGCCUUAGAUGCAGCCAGGUUUGGUUACAAGUACAUUGGAGUCCAACAUGGCGGUCAGUGUUUUUCAGGACCCCGUGCCCAGUUCACUUAUGCCAAGUAUGGACGAUCAAACAGAUGUAGGAAUGGAAAGGGAGGUGGCUGGGCAAACGAUGUCUACAGGAUUUCAGGAAAGUGCAAAUAUCGCACGACCACAGGUUACUGCUGUUCGUUUCCUUUCUUGUACCGCGGGCGUCGAUACAACAGUUGUGCAAAGAAUAAACGGGGACAAAGUUGGUGUUAUAUAACUCCAGAUUAUAGAAGACGGAGACUUUGGGGAUACUGCAGGGGCGGAGCGCACCCUCGACCAAUCAGAAUCACACCCAAUGUGUUGCUUCAAUCUGCCGGAUGUUGGCGAGACACUGGCCGUCGAGCCAUUCCACAAAUGGAUGGCAAAGAUGUUCUUGUCCGAGGCUAUUACCGGAAAAGAAGCGACGCCAUUUUCAAGUGCUUUGCGGCAGCCGCAAGGCGUGGUUACAGAACUUUUGCUGUGCAACAUCAGGGAUGGUGCGCCACGGGUCCAAGAGCUCACCUGACGUUCAAAAAGUAUGGACGAUCCAAUCGGUGUAGAAACGGCAAAGGUGGCCCGUGGGCUAAUGACGUGUAUUUCAUUCGAGGAUCCUGUAGGAAACGAACUACUUCGCGUUAUUGCUGUGCAUUCCCAUUCAUCUACAAAGGCCGUCGUUACAAUAGUUGCACAUCAAAGAACCACAAACGACCGUGGUGUGCCUUGACGCCCAACUACGAUCGAGACAGGAAAUGGGGAAAUUGCGCCGGACGUCGGCCCGUCAGACCUGUCCGUCCAGUUGUUCCUUCAUAUAGAGGAAAAGUGAUCAGAAUUACCGUUGGACUGAAAGUAAAGGGACUCGGCUGCUUCAAGGACACAGGCCGACGAGCUAUAGCACCAUUGGAAGGUAGAAGUCGUCUUCUGAAGGGACAUUACCGUCGAAGACGAUACGCCAUUCAGAAAUGCGCUCUGGCGGCAGCAAAGCGAGGAUUCAGAGUGUUUGGGGUACAGCAUCAGGGAUGGUGUGCGUCAACAAAAUACGCCUAUCGAACAUAUGGCAAAUAUGGACGAACCAACAGAUGUAGGAAUGGAAAGGGAGGACCUUGGGCCAAUGAUGUUUAUGUACUCAGAGGCUCCCCUCGUGUACGAACAACAAAGGGCAACAUUUGUGUGUUCCCGUUCAUUUACCGUAGAAGGCGAUACCACCGUUGUACUCGAGUCAACUCAAAGCGGCCCUGGUGUGCGCUAACUCCUAAUUACGAUGUAGAUAAAUUGUAUGGCUGGUGUAGAGGACGAGGACGGCCCAUAAUAGUCUCUCGAACAUUAAGAGCUCAGAGAAUUGGCUGCUUCAAAGAUACGGGACGAAGAGCAAUCCCCAUACUGGAGGGUAAAAGCCGGUUUCUCAGAGGCAACUACCAAAGGAGACGUUAUGCCAUAAAGAAGUGUCUCUUGGAGGCAACCAAGAGAGGUUACAAAGUAUUUGGAGUCCAACAUGGUGGGCAGUGUUUUUCAGGACCCAGGGCUCAGCAUACCUAUGCCAAAUAUGGACGAUCAAACCGAUGUAGGAAUGGAAAAGGAGGGGCGUGGGCCAAUGAUGUCUACAGGAUUUACGGGAGAUGCGGAAAGCGUACAACGCAAGGAAACUGCUGCGUGUUCCCAUUUAAGUAUCGUGGGCGUUAUUACAACAGCUGCGCUAGAAAUCGUCGUGGUCAGCGGUGGUGUGCGCUCACUCCUGAUUAUUCCAGGAACAAGCUGUGGGGGUACUGCAGGGGAGGAAGCAAACCGGCUCCAAUCAGAAUUUCUGGAGUUAUCAUCCGAUCUAUUGGCUGUUUCAAAGAUACUGGUCGCCGAGCCAUCCCUCAAAUGGAUGGCCGAGGCAUCCUGGUACGGGGUUAUUACCGAAGACGAGCGGACGCCAUCUUUAAAUGCGCCUUAGAGGCCAUGAAACGUAGCUAUAGAUACUUUGCUGUUCAACAUCAGGGAUGGUGCGCUACGGGCCCGAGAGCUCACGUGACCUACAGGAGGUAUGGACGAUCCAAUCGAUGUAGGAAUGGAAAGGGUGGACCUUGGGCUAAUGAUGUCUACUCAAUCACUGGUUCAUGUCGAAGACGCACAACCUCCCGCUACUGCUGUGCAUUCCCGUUCAUCUACAAAGGCCGUCGUUACAACAGUUGUACAAAAAGGAAACACAAUCGGCCAUGGUGUGCUAUGACACCCAACUACGACCGAGAUAAGAAAUGGGGCAAUUGUGCAGGAAGAAGACCCGUCAGACCUGUUCGUCCUAUUGUCCCUCGAGGUCGAAGGAUAAGAAUCUCAACUGGAUUGAUAGCACACGGCAUCGGCUGCUUCAAAGACACAGGCCGACGAGCCAUAGCACCGCUGGAAGGCAGAAGUCGUCUUCUGAAAGGAAAUUACCGUCGUAGGCGAUACGCAAUUCAGAAAUGCGCUUCUGCCGCUGCGAAGCGAGGAUACAGAGUGUUUGCGAUCCAACAUGGCGGAUGGUGUGCGUCAACAAAGUACGCUUAUCGAACAUAUGGAAGAUACGGAAGAUCUAAAAGAUGUAGGAAUGGAAAGGGAGGACCUUGGGCCAAUGAUGUUUACGUUUUACGAGGCUCCCCUCGUGUGCGAACGACAAGCAACAACAUUUGUGUGUUCCCAUUCAUUUACCGUGGCAGACGAUACUUCAGCUGUACCAGACUUAACUCCAGACGACCCUGGUGUUCUCUUACUCCUAACUAUGAUGUGGAUAAACUGUCCGGUUGGUGCAGGGGAGGGAAGGCUCUUCCAAUCAGAGUUGCACCAUCGAUAACAUUGCAAAGUGUUGGAUGUUUCAAGGACACUUGGAGAAGAGCCAUCCCAAUAUUGGAGGGCAAAAGUCUCCUCUUACGAGGGAGUUACCGCGCUAGGAAAAUGGCCAUUAAAAAAUGCGCUUUGGAAGCAGCAAGGCGGGGCUACAAGUACAUUGGAGUCCAACAUGGCGGUCAGUGUUUUUCAGGACCCCGUGCUAGGUACACUUAUGCCAAGUAUGGACGAUCAAACCUAUGUAGGAAUGGAAAGGGAGGUCCUUGGGCAAACGAUGUCUACAGAUUGUCAGGAGGCUGCAGAUUCAAAACCAAUACAGGUUUCUGUUGUGUGCCAUUCAUGUACCGCAGGCGACUAUACCGUGGCUGUGCUCCAGCUAAAAACGGCAGAACCUGGUGUGCAAUCACACCUGACUAUAACCGGAACAAACUGUGGGGGUACUGCAGAGGCGGAAAGAAACCUGCACCAAUAAGAGUGACAACGGGAGUCAUAAUCAAAUCGCUUGGAUGCUACAAAGAUACAGGCCGUCGCGCUGUUCCCCAGAUGGAUGGUCGUAACCCAUUAGUGACAGGCUACUACAGACGAAGAGCAGACGCCAUAAAGAAAUGUGCCCUUGUUGCUUUAAGGUUCGGUUACAGAGCCUUUGCAGUUCACCAUCAGGGAUGGUGCGCUACGGGUCCAAGGGCUCAUCUCACUUACCGGAAGUAUGGACCUACCAAUCGAUGUAGGAAUGGCAAAGGAGGUCCUUGGGCUAACGAUGUUUAUGCCAUACAAGCUACAGUCAUACAAGUCACUGUAGGUUUGAAGGCUUACGGCAUCGGUUGCUAUAGAGACACCGGUCGACGAGCCAUACCAACCUUGGAGCGCCGAAGUCGUCUACUGAAGGGUAAUUACCGGAGGAGACCAGACGCCAUAAGAAAGUGCGCUUUGGCUGCGUCUCGAAGAGGUUAUAAAGUUUUUGCUAUUCAACACGGAGGUUGGUGUGCGUCUGCAAGAUAUGCAUAUCGAACAUAUGGCAAAUAUGGAAAAUCCAAUCGAUGCCGAAACGGCAAGGGAGGACCUUGGGCCAAUGAUGUUUAUGUCCUCAGAGGUUCUUGUAGUGUGAAAUCAACGAAUGGAUACUGCUGCUCGUUCCCGUUCGUGUAUCGAGGCAGACGAUACACAGGAUGUACCAGAACGAGGUCUAGGCGCCCCUGGUGUUCCCUUACUGGAAACUACGACAAGGAUAAGCAGUACGGAUGGUGUCCUACCCGUGGAGCACGUCCUGUCAAGAUAACAUCAUCAAUAUUUAUCCAAAGAAUGGGUUGUUUUAAGGAUUCCCCUCGCAGAGCCAUUCCAAUACUAGAAGGCAGGAGUAAACUUCUACAAGGCAAUUACAAACGAAGGAAGUUCGCCAUUCGUAAAUGUGCCAUGGUCGCCGUAAACCGCGGUUACAACACUUUCUCUGUGCAAGACGGUGGUCAGUGUUUCUCAGGACCGCGGGCUCAGUACACGUUUACCAAGUAUGGACGAUCAAACAGAUGUAGGGGUGGUAAAGGAGGAUAUUGGGCCAAUGAUGUCUACAGGCUGACAGGUAGAUGUCAACGUCGUACCACGUCAGGAAAAUGCUGUGUGCUUCCUUUCGUUUACCGCGGACGCCGCUACAACAACUGCUAUAAGUCAAGAAGCGGAAGGCCUUGGUGUCCGACGGCAUCCGGUGUAUACAAACGAAACCAACCGUGGGGCUACUGCCGGGGUGGAAAACGUCAGCCAAUACGAGUGACUGUAGGGGUGCGAGUCAAGCCAAUUGGAUGCUUCAAAGACACUGGUCGUCGUGCUAUUCCAGGAGUGGACGGUCGUUACCCAAUAGUGAAGGGAUAUUAUCGAAGAAGAAAGGAAGCCAUCAAACGUUGCGCCCUGGUUGCUCUGAGGUUUGGCUACAGAGCUUUUGCUGUUCAACAUCAGGGAUGGUGCGCUACUGGUCCAAGAGCUCACGUGACUUACGGAAAGUAUGGACGAUCCAAUCGGUGUAGGAAUGGAAAGGGAGGACCGUGGGCUAAUGAUGUGUACAGAGUAUACGGUUCAUGCCGAAGAAGAACUACCUCACGCUACUGCUGUGCAUUCCCGUUCGUCUACAAAGGACGUCGUUACAAUAGUUGUACAAGAAGUAAUCACAAUCGACCAUGGUGUGCUAUAACACCCAACUUUGAUCGAGAUAAGAAAUGGGGCAAUUGUGGUGGUAAGAGAUUAGGAAAUGAUCAUAAGAUUUUGAAAUUUUUGGAAGAAAGACAGUAG